AUGAAAAAACUCUUCUCAAAACUUUCCAACACCAAGGUUAAGCCUUACGUUAAUGUUGGUUGUCAGAAGUGUGCCGCAUGUGUGUCUGAAAUUGUGGAUCUAACUGCGAAGUUAACAGCAAAAGAUACUCAUAUAACACUCCUUAAUAGGAUGUUAGCUCUUAAAGAGGAGGAAAUAUCCCGUCUUAAGGAUCAGCAAUAUCUGACAGAUAAAAAACUCAAUAAGCUCUGGGCUGAUGUUGAGUUUGUUUGGAAGGAGUUUGAGCAAGUUAAAAUUAAUGAAGAUGAAGAAGGUUCUGACAAUUGUGAUGGUAAGCUUAAUAAGUCUGAGAAGCAGAAAACGCCUGCAAACCGAGAUGGCAGACCUCAAAGCCCCGCCUUGCUUCCCCAUAUUUACAAGAAACCUCCUAGUUUUCCGGUAUUAAAAGGCGAUUCACCUCCACCUAUGGAGCAGAACAUCCCGGAAGCAGCUCCAAGCAGUCAUAUCUCAACUCCAUCUAAUCACGACAGAGCUCCGCCUCCACCUACGAAAAAUAUCAAAAUGGAAAACAAUUCAGGAGCUCCUCCUACAGAAGAACUGAUCGUCAUGGCAGGUCCAAUUAAUCAUGAUUUAUCUCCUGAUCAGUGUGUUCCCACCUUUCGCGAUGAUUUACCUCCGAGUACAGAGGAAAAGUUUACAGUGACAGCUCCAAGUAGUCAUGCCGAAGUUACGCCUUACGUUAAUGUUGGUUGUCAGAAGUGUACCGCACUUGUGUCUGAAAUUGUGGAUCGAACUUCGAAGUUAACUGCAAAAGGUAUUCAUAUAACACGCCUUAAUAGGAUGUUAGUUCUUAAAGACGAGAAAAUAUCCCGUCUUGAGGACCAGCAAUAUCUGGCAGAUACAAAAAUCAAUAAGCUCAGGGCUGAUGUUGAGCUUGUUUGGAAGGAGUUUGAGCAAGUUAAAAUUCAUGAAGAUGAAGAAGGUUCUGACAAUUGUGACGGUAAGCUUAAUAAGUCUGAGAAACAGAAAACGCCUGCAAACCGAGAUGGCAGACCUCAAAGCCCCGCCUUGCUUCCCCGUAUUUACAAGAAACCUCCUAGUUUUCCGGUAUUAAAAGGCGAUUCACCUCCACCUAUGGAACAGAACAAUAUCCCGGAAGCAGCUCCAAGCAGUCAUGGCUCAACUCCACCUAAAGAGGAAAACAUCAUGGUUGCAGCUCCAUCUAAUCACGACAGAGCUCCGCCUCCACCUAAGAAAAAUAUCAAAGUGGAAAACAAUUCAGGAGCUCCACCUACAGAAGAGCUGAUCGUCAUGGCAGGUCCAAUUAGUCAUGAUUUAUCUCCUCGGUAUGUUCCCACCUUUCGUGAUGAUUUACCUCCGAAUAGAGAGGAAAAGUUUACAGUGACAACUCCAAGUAGUCAUGCCAAAGUAAUUGCAAAUGAAGAUGGAAAACUACAAAGUAGUCUUCAUGGUUUUCAAAGGCCUCCUACUCCAAUUCCUUAUUAUCGGGUUUAUGUCCCGAGGAAGAGGAAGAAAAACAAGAACAUUAUUAUUUAA